AUGAGUUGGGAAGGUUUCAAAAAGGCCAUUAACAGGGCUGGCCACAGUGUGAUCAUUAAGAACGUUGAUAAGACCAUUGAUAAAGAGUAUGAUAUGGAAGAACGUCGUUAUAAGGUGCUUCAAAGGGCCGGCGAAUCGUUACAAAAGGAAGCAAAGGGCUUCUUGGACUCUUUAAGAGCUGUGACAGCAUCACAGACUACUAUCGCUGAAGUCAUCUCUAACCUUUACGAUGAUUCAAAGUAUGUUGCUGGUGGUGGCUAUAACGUUGGUAACUACUAUUUGCAAUGUGUUCAAGACUUUGACAGUGAAACGGUGAAGCAGCUAGACGGACCCUUAAGAGAGACUGUGCUGGACCCAAUAACAAAGUUCUCAACAUACUUCAAAGAAAUUGAGGAGGCUAUAAAAAAGAGAGAUCAUAAGAAGCAAGAUUUUGAUGCUGCGAAGGCAAAGGUUCGUAGAUUAGUAGACAAGCCUGCUAAAGAUGCUUCCAAGUUACCAAGAGCUGAGAAGGAAUUGAGUUUAGCCAAAGACAUUUAUGAAAAUCUAAAUAAUCAAUUGAAGACCGAACUACCACAAUUAGUUUCAUUGAGGGUACCUUAUUUCGACCCAAGUUUUGAAGCUUUAAUUAAGAUUCAAUUAAGGUUUUGCACCGACGGUUACACUCGUUUGGCACAAAUUCAACAAUAUCUAGAUCAACAGUCAAGAGACGAUUAUGCUAAUGGGUUAUUAGACACUAAGAUUGAGCAACUAUUGGGGCAAAUGACAAGCUUAGACAUUUGUGCUCUUGGAAUAAAAUGA